CUAUAUUCGAGAACAUGCGACCUCUAUUGCAGUAUCGACGACACGCUGCGAAAAUCUAAAAUUAGGAUGAAAUGGCGUUUAUAAUCUGGUCCCGUCAAUGUCGGUUACAUCUGUAGUGGUCAUACAUUUACCCAUGCGUGCGUGGCUGAUGUAUCUCACCGGUGCAGCCCCUCGGACGGUCUCUUUCAAAGCGAUUGAGAAGGCUGGUCUAACGCGGACGCCACGGACUGUUGCACGGAUGAAGAGGGUGGUCGAGAAUAUACCACAAAUGGAUUUAUACAAUUCAUUUUUGGAGAUACGAGAUAUGUUCUUCAACGAAGAAACGGCUCCGUGAGAAGAUUCAGACCACAUACCAAAUUUUUCACGUAGCCGAGAUUGAAGAAUACAGAUUUGACAACCCAUGAGAGUACGCACGAUACGUAGGAAUUGAUCGUAAAAUACGUCCAGGAUUCUAUUUUGGCGUGGAAGAAGUGUACACGGGUCUGGCGGCUGUGGAUGAUCGCAUAGCAGGACCUUUUUAAUUGCACCCAGGCUAAUGUCAGUUGCUGUGAAUGGAAUACUGAACACCGCUGGGAGAAUCCGGUGACUUCUGAUGGACGGAAUGGUGUGCAGUUCAGAAAUGUGCCCUAAUAAACGGGUGACAGCAUUAAUGCCAAUCGACAGAAAACUUUCAUGUUUGCUUUUCACAGGGGGGUUGCAGUAAAAGCCGUAGGUAACGGGUUACUGCGCACUGGAGAACGGCCGGUGUUCACCGAUGUGCUGUGGUUGUUAACAUGACUCGCAUCUCACUGACGCUGUCAGAAAACCCAAACUGCAGUGCCUAAAAGCCAUUCUAACUGCGUGGACUUGAUAUUCGGAGUUCGACCUGUGGGGAGCUGGUUGUCUCUUAUAACUAAGGUCGGAUACAAGUAAACAACUGACAGAUAUUAUCGGGGCGUAGUGUCUUGUUCAUGAGACGUAUGGGUCCUGCGUACUCAAGCCCCGGACUCCCACACAGGAAGAGCUGAAUCUGCUGUUAGGGUGCAGUGCAGUGGCUGGCGUCGGCUGCUCGGUUCACAUCUGCCUAACUCUUGCGCUUGUAUAUUUGGAUGUCUGCAUGUUUUGACGGAGAGCCGUAUGAAUUCAUGCAGCUGGCAUCUGAACGAGGGCCUGUAACUCUGAUAAAUACCUUGGAUCCAUCGAACCAUUUGAUUUGCAGAGGUUCACAGCUGGCUGUCUCGUUAAGAACAUUGCGUAAGGCUGCAGCGUACGAUACGUCUUUUUGAAGGCACAGCUCGGGUGACAUUGCAGUCUCUUCUCUGUAUUCCCACCCCCGAGGUUGGAGUUUACAACGUAAGCUACUCUGGGUAUUACGUUUGUCAAAAGAGGGAAGGUGGAGCAUUGUCCGUCGUACGUCCUGACGCAGUGGGAUUUUUACGUCUGGUCGGCGUUUCCCCCCGCCCUUCCCGCGGUGACGGUGAUGGGUCGGAAGCGGUGUGUCGGUGCAGAUUGUUCGAAGAUGGCGGCCGGGUGCUGCGGGGUGAAGAAGCAGAAGUUGUCGGGAUCCCCUGGUUCGGGGGGUCCCGGCGGGGCGGGGAGCGGGGUAGCCGGGACCGGACAUUGUGGAUCGGACUUGGGAAUAGGAUCCUCAUCGACUGUAGUGGCCGGGAACGUGAAUCGAGUGAACGGCCUGGGGGGUCCUGGGGGUAGUAGCAGCAGCAAUACCAGUGCUCUGUCCCCAACUCCAGGAGGCUACAACUCAACUGGCCUCUCCCCGAAUCUCAGUCCAGGACCUGGCUCGGGAAGUGGGGCCAGAAAGAUGGUAGUUUCGGCGGAGAUGUGUUGCUUCUGUUUCGACGUGCUUUAUUGCCAUCUAUAUGGAUACCAGCCUCCCCGAACACCCAGGUUUACAAACGACCCCUACCCACUGUUUGUCACUUGGAAAAUAGGCCGGGACAAGCGGUUGAGGGGUUGUAUAGGUACGUUUUCUGCCAUGAACCUGCACUCAGGACUCAGGGAGUACACCCUUACCAGUGCCCUUAAAGACAGCCGCUUUCCCCCGAUGACGAGGGACGAGCUGCCGCGCCUCUUCUGCUCAGUGUCUCUGCUCACCAACUUCGAGGACGUUGGUGAUUACCUAGACUGGGAGGUGGGUGUUCACGGCAUUAGGAUAGAAUUUUUCAAUGAAAAAGGAUCAAAGCGCACCGCCACCUACCUGCCAGAGGUUGCAAAGGAGCAAGGAUGGGACCACAUUCAGACCAUAGAUUCCUUACUUCGAAAAGGAGGUUACAAAGCCCCCAUCACAAAUGACUUCAGGAAGACCAUCAAGUUGACCAGGUACCGUAGCGAAAAGAUGACCAUGAGCUACGCGGAGUACAUCGCCCAUCGCCAGCACCACCACUACCAGAACGGCAUCGGGCACCCUCUCCCCCCCUACAACCAUUAUUCCUGACAGCGAGCCGCAUGACCAGUCACUGGACCUCUCCGCGGACCUCUUCCCGGGAGAGCCUGCCCCCUCGUGGUCUAGCUAUCUCUACUACUGUACCAUUUUAUGAUGAUAGUUUCCGUUGCUAUGCUAACAGUCUUCAAGAUGGUGGCAUGGCAGCGGGUGGUAAAGAAGCAUCACGAUUAUGACGUGAAAAAAAAAUACAACUCCUUUAUUUUCUCCUUUUUAUCCUUUCUAUUAAUUUAGUUUUUGCAGCAUAUAUAUCGACCUAUAACCCAUUUUUAAAUUCUUUUUUUAAAUUAAAGCAAAUAAAAAAGUAAUACGUUUUUCCCCCCCUGCCAAUUUUUUCCAACAAUCCUAAUCAGGUUUUUGAGUCUGUGGAUGGAAAUAAGUAUUUAAGAGAGGCUUGUCUUGCUCUAGGAUCUCGCUCUAAGUUUAUGUACUUUGAGCUUUAAAACUGGCCGACACUACAUGAUUUCUGCCCUUGAUACGAUCACGUUGAGCUGGCAGUCGGCGGGGUUCUCCAUACCUCGUCAGACACCGAUGGCACAGAUGCGCACAAUGCUGGCUGCCCUUGCGGCAGGGGGAAUCGGCAGCAGCGUGUGAGCUGGUGUAACUGGCACUGUUUUUCAACUCUGCAUUGGCCAUGAAAGCCAGAGCAGCAGCUGUUUUGGCUAAGCAUUCGCUCAAAUGCAGAAUCCGUUUGACUCUCUCCCAGGCGGUCUUUCACACUAGGCCAGUUCAUAAGCUAAUGCUAGUAAUCCAUGAAAGGCCAUUAGCUGAGUGUCCGUUAAUUGCUCCCAGUUUUUGGCACAGCCAGGAAGGUCAGGUUCCUCCCAGUCUGAAAAAGUCAGGGGCAGAAGUCUUGCAGUGUUUGCUUGACCUUAUUUUUCCAAGGCAGCUUUGUUUAUUUAUUUAUUUUAAAAAUCAUUUCUCAUUAGUUGCUUUUAUGUCCGUAAAUAAUGUAGAAAACAGCAGAGUUUAAAGAAUUUUCUCCUCUGUGAGUCCUCUGAAGGUUCCUCUUAACUGACUGUUGUGAGGGGUUAUUUUUUGAAAUUGUGUAUUAUUGUUGUGAGUUUAGGGUUGUCAUACUGUGUGACUGAAGUUAGCCAAAGAUGGACUAGCUUAAGACUGAUUGCUUUUUCCCCUCUCUGUGUGGUGAUAGAUGUGCGUUGGUGUGUGUGCACAAAGUUGUCAGAAGAAACUGCUAGAUAAAAUUCUCUGGAAGCCACUGGAAAAGCCAAAAUAUUUUCCACAGUGCUAGGGAGAGCCACUCUUCACAUUGGAGGUGUCGCAUUUUUGUCAUCACAUUGAAUUGAAUUUAACAGUCCUUUUGUUUUGUUUUUUUUCUUUCUGUUGUAUUUAUGUUGUGUUGG